AUGGACUCCGUGUCAGCCCAGCCUCCUGCCUAUCAUAAUGAUAAGAUUGCUCAGGAACAGAAGAACGAGCCCGGGUUUGAGGAGGACUUCAAUGCCCUCAAGCAUGGUGAAGUCUCUGAUGCCUUUGGUAAUGAGGAGUAUGCCGAGAUCAAGUAUAAGACUUUGAAGUGGUGGCAAUGCGGUCUGCUCAUGAUUUGCGAGUCUGUCUCGCUGGGUGUCCUGUCACUUCCUAAUGCAGUUGCUACUCUUGGCAUGGUUCCUGGUGUCAUCUUGAUUGUCGGCCUUGGUCUUCUCGCCACCUACACCGGAUACAACAUUGGUCUUAUGCGUGAGCGCUACCCUCACAUCCAGAACCUCGGAGACGCUGGUGAGAUCCUCCUGGGUCCCUUCGGUCGUGAACUUUUCGGUGCAGGCCAAUUCCUGUUCUGCAUUUUCGUCAUGGGUAGUCACAUCCUCACCUUCCGUGUGAUGAUGAACACCAUCACCGAUCACGGCACCUGCUCCAUUGUCUUCGCCCUCGUCGGCAUGCUUAUCUCCCUGGUUCUUUCCAUCCCCCGUACCAUGAAGGGAAUGACCUGGAUCUCCUUCGCCUCCUUCAUCAGUAUCUUCAGCGCCGUCAUGAUCACCAUGAUCUCCGUUGGUGUCGAAGACCACCCUGGCCGUAUCAUCCAAGCUACCACUGAAACCACCCUCUACACCGCAUUCCAGGCCGUCUCAAACAUCGUCUUCGCCUACUGCGCCCACGUCGCCUUCUUCGGUCUGAUUUCGGAGAUGGAGUCUCCCCAGGAUUUCAAGAAGUCCCUUUUCAUGCUCCAGGGUUUCGAAAUCUCUCUGUACUUGACCGCCGCCGUUGUCAUCUACUACUACGUCGGCAGUGACGUCCAAUCACCCGCCCUUAGCGCCGCCGGUCCCUUAAUGAAGAAGGUCGCUUACGGUAUCGCCAUCCCCACUAUCGUCGGUGCAGGUGUUGUGAACGGCCACAUUGGUCUGAAGUACAUUUACUUCCGUCUUUGCGCCAAGUCCGAUCUUAUUCACCAGCGCAGCUUCAAGUCCAUCGCUAUCUGGAUUGGUCUCGGUGUCACCUGCUGGGUUGUUGCCUGGAUCAUCGCUGAAGCUAUCCCUGUUUUCAGUGAUCUGAACUCUCUGAUUAGUGCCCUGUUCGCUUCUUGGUUCAGCUACGGUCUUAGCGGUAUUUACUGGUUGCACUUGAACAAGGGACAGUGGACUUCUUCGCCUCGCAAGAUCGCUUUGACUAUUCUCAAUGUCGGCAUUGCUAUCUUUGGUCUGGCACUUUGUGUGCUGGGUCUUUAUGCUUCUGGUACUGCUAUUCAUGAUGAUUCUAGCAGUGCUAGCUUCAGUUGCAAGAACACUGAUACUUAG